AACUCCGAGACACAAUAUUCUGUUACAUUGUAGCAAAAUGGCGACUGUCAUUCACAACCCCCUGAAAGCACUUGGGGACCAGUUCUACAAAGAAGCCAUAGAACACUGUCGUAGCUACAAUUCCCGUCUGUGUGCUGAACGCAGCGUCCGUCUUCCCUUUCUGGACUCACAGACCGGAGUAGCUCAGAACAACUGUUACAUUUGGAUGGAAAAGAGGCAUCGGGGACCAGGACUAGCCCCGGGUCAGCUCUAUACAUAUCCAGCUCGCUGCUGGCGCAAAAAGAGACGUUUACAUCCUCCUGAAGACUCCAGGUUGAAGUUGCUGGAGAUUAAACCAGAAGUUGACUUGCCUCUGAAGAAAGAUGGUUUUACAUCAGAGGGGACCACACUGGAAGCCCUACUGCGUGGAGAAGGGCUUGAAAAAAAGAUCGAUACUAAAGAGGAGGACACUCUACAAGAAAUCCAGAGGGUUUUGGAAAAUGAUGAAAAUGCAGACGAAGUGAAUGAGGAGGAAGAGAUGGAAGAAGAUAUUCCAAAACGGAAGAACAGGCCCAGGGGACGGGCUCGAGGCUCUGGAGGUGGCAGGCGAAGGAAUGACGUUUCUUCCAUGGAUGACCAUGAUAAACCUUACGUUUGUGACAUCUGUGGCAAGCGCUACAAGAACAGACCAGGUCUGAGCUACCAUUAUGCUCAUACUCACCUUGCCAGUGAGGAGGGGGAUGAUGCUCAAGAGCAGGAGGCACGCUCCCCACCUGUCCACAGAAACGAAAAUCAUAAACCCCAGAAAGGACCAGAUGGGAUCAUCAUUUCCAAUAACUACUGUGAUUUCUGUCUUGGAGGAUCUAAUAUGAAUAAAAAAAGUGGCCGCCCAGAGGAACUUGUCUCAUGUUCAGAUUGUGGGCGCUCUGGUCAUCCAACCUGCUUGCAAUUCACGGCAAACAUGACCGAGGCUGUCAAAACCUAUCAGUGGCAAUGCAUUGAGUGCAAAUCCUGCAGCCUUUGUGGGACAUCCGAGAAUGAUGAUCAGCUACUCUUCUGUGACGACUGUGACCGUGGCUAUCACAUGUAUUGUUUAAACCCACCUGUCUCUGAGCCCCCUGAAGGGAGCUGGAGUUGUCAUUUGUGCCGAGAACUACUUCGAGAGAGAGCAUCAGCAUUCUGCUUCCAGCCUUAAAAGGGGUCUCCAUGGAUCUGUAUAGGGCUUGUUCCUGGACUUGUGGCACCAGCGCACAAUUGUCAUCCACCAUGUGAUAUAUGUAACCACAAACAUGUACCCACGUGAAAUAGAAUGGACACUCAACGAAGUACCUGCAGUGCUUGCUGUCCAACAGUAGAUUUCACAAAUAUUGUACCUCCUGGGUUCUACUAGAAGGAGCACACUUUUUAAAAAAUGUUCCAGAUGGAUUUUUCCCACUGUGAUGCAUGAACGCAGAUGUACUGUAAUAAAUUGACAUGAGUUCUGACAAUGGAGAA